AUGGAUGUCUUGUAUGAGAAAGUAGAGACAAAGACUGAGGACACCACUGACGUCCAGAAAGGAGAUGUUAAAACCUGUACAUGGCUUUUUGAGACUCAGACUCUUGAUAGCAUCAAGGAUGAGUCUGAGACAAUCCUGAAAACUUGCACAGUAAAGCAAAAUGAUGUAAAAGGUAAGGAUGUACGUCUAGUGCGUUUCCUAUUUGAGACUGAAAACCUAGAAAACAUCACUGACGACGAGGAUCAUGGUGACUUUAAGCGAAUCACCGAGAUUGACAUUCACUCUGGAGAUGUAUCACGAAUGAAGUACAUCUUUGAGAAUCAGUCAUCUGAUAUCAUGACAUCUACAUCUGAGGAGACCCUGCAGAAAAUCAAAUGCCGUCAAGCAGAGGACAUUCAGAAAGGAAAUGUGGUGAACUGUACCUGGAUGUUUGAAAACCAACAAAUUGAUUCCAUCAGGGCAAAUUCUGAAGAAUUCAAGGAGUCACGCACAGUAACAGAUAUUCAGGGAGGUAAUGUUGACAAAGGUCGCUUCGUUUUUGAGACAUACUCAUUAGAUAAGAUUCAGGAGGAGGCAUCUGAUACUGGGAUCAGCAAACUCCAAA